CUGGCAUCACUGCUGGGCACUGACUGGCACAACCCCUGGGCACUGACUGGUGGCACUGACUGGCAGCACUGCUGGGCUGCACUGGUGGGUGGCACUGGUGGGCAGCACUGGUGGGUGGGCACAGGUGGGUGGCACUGUUGGGCACAGGUGGGUGGCACUUCUGGGCACAGGUGUGUGACACUGCAGAGUGGCACAGGUGGGUGCACUGCUGGGCACAGGUGGGUGCACUGCUGGGCACAGGUGGGUGAUCUGCUGGCACAGGUGGGCGGAGCUAGUGGGCGCACUGCUGGGCACAGGUGGGCGGAACUUGCGGGUGGCACUGCUGGGCACCGAUCAUCAGGGCACUGAUCAUCACGUGUCAUUGGACACCGCUGAUCACGUGGUAAAAGGCCGCUGUGAUUGGC